CGAUCGGGCAGUGAGGUUUUUGAGGAAGACGGAAACAGCCCCUUAUUAUUGCAAAUCUGCACCUACAAUUAUGUGACUCGACUGUUAUUUCUGAUUGUAUGAUGCCACUUGAAACAUCCGAGUCCGAAGAAAUCGCUGGAUCGCUUCUUCCAUCAGACAAAGAAUCACUACUUCCACCAGUUUGUGAUUCAUCCGAAUCACUGUCAUUCUCCUCUGAUAUUAGAUAAGAAACAACAGCAAGUGUUCCUGUUGUUCAAGUACAUACAUGUAGGUGUACAUACAUAGAUCAGAUCAAGAUGACCCACAUUUAUUAGCCUGCAAGAUUUGAUUGACCUAGUCCUAGUCUGCACACUCUGCCCUCUAUGAUGGCCUUCAACUCUCGUGGGCAGGUCGUCAGGACCUACGGCCGACACAAGCAGCGCACCAUCGCAGCUUGGAUCUCCCCUGAAGCCAGCACCAAAGCCCAGCACAUCUUCAGCUCUCCAGAAGACGUCAGUCUGGCCUCAGCCACGGGCAGGGGUUUGGGCAGUCACUCCCUGACCAACAGCAGUGAUGACAAGAGUAGCAGUCGGCACUCCGAUGAAGACUGGUUCCCUGGCAAAAGAACUGAGAACAAAACAAAGACAGCCCUCAAGGAAAGCAAUGUCAAAACCAGCCAGGCCAUAAAGAAGAAACCUGCUCCCAGGAAGGCUACAACAAGGAGGCAACCGGUCAACGAGAAGGAAAAUCUUGUGGAAAAGCCGGUUGAGACUGUGGAAGAACUGCCCCCGACCGCAAAGGGGAAGCGAGUGACGAGGCUGAGUCGAAGGAAGAAGGUUACCGCUGACGUCAGGUCAAGCAGUCACGAGGACAGUGUGGCGCCGACCGCCAAGCCAGGGCGUUGCAAAGGAAAGAAUGCGCUGGCUAGAUUCGACCUGAUUCACUCCCCCAUCGAGAGGAGCUGGAGCUCCUCCAGUAAGCGGGGAAGGAGGGAAUCCUCGGACAUCACCUUUGACGCCAGCUGUGAUCUGUUCGACUACUCGGCCGACGUCUCCGAAACCGGUAGCAGAUGCACUACUGAUAAGACUGCCAAUGGGCAUCUACCGAAAGCUUCACACUUGGACGACAGCGUUUUCGGCUCUCCUGGGGUAUUCCUUCCUUCCAGACAGAAGGCCUGUAACCACAGCCACAUUGACACCAGCACUCCAAACGACUUCAGAAGAACGGCCAGGUCAAGCCGUCAAAACACUGGGGUCAUGGGGACACACCCCAUCAAUCCAGACACCCCUGUUGAGAAGAACAGCUCAGUUUCAAUUUCCAGAGACCCCCACAGGGCCAGCUGCAGGUGUCCGGCUUGCGAGUCCAGAAGGAUGAACACCCCAAGCCUCACAGAUAUCACUAAUGAAAUCUCAGUGCUUGAUCUGAAUAAUACUGACAAGGCGGAUGAUAAGCCAGAAGGAUGUUACGAUAGCGAUGGGAUACUACAGAAGUCCAUCACCAGAGCUGUUACAUGUAGUUCUUGCUCUGUGGUUGUCACUCCAUUGUCUGGGGAUGAUCUGAGCCGUUACUCUUCAUCAGCAGUAAUGUCCUGUCGGAAGGAAGCGUCGGUAGCAAGUUCAUGUAAGGAGCAGGGAGAUAAAGACAAGGAAAACAGGAGGAUACAGCUGUUGAACAAGGACAUUUUGGCCACUCCGAAUUGUUCAAAGAGUCUACUGCUGUCCGACAGCUAUUGCCCAAGUUUCAAGGAGGCUCUGACACCAGUGAAGAGCAAGACUACCGGUCGGUUGAUCCCCGCCCGGCAGAAGGUCCUCCAGCAGUGUGACCAGACAUCUCCCAUCUCCUUCACCCAUGCCAUCCCUCCGGAUAUGAUGGAGGGCUGUGUCAAGAUCGGGGAGGGGGUGUACGGGGAGGUGUUUAGAACUGUCAAUACUGAGGGACAGACUGUGGUUCUCAAGAUUAUACCCAUAGAGGGGGACAGCCAGGUGAAUGGUGAGCCACAGAAAUCGUUUGAAGAGAUUCUUCCAGAAAUCGUCAUCUCCAGGGAGUUGAGUGCCCUCAGAGAUGCGUCUACCAGCACCACUGGUGGGUUCAUCACUGUCAACGGCGUGUCCUACUGUCGGGGCUGCUAUCCUGAGAAGCUGCUAGAUCAAUGGAACGAGUACAACAACAGGAAGGAAUCUGAGAACGAUAGGCCAGAUUUUUUCCCGGAAGACCAGUUGUUCAUCAUGUUUGAAUUUGCCGAUGGUGGAAUGGACCUGGAGAGUAAAAAGCUUGAGAGCGUCCAUCAGGCCGUCAGCAUCUUCCAGCAAGUAGCCUUGUCCCUGGCAGUGGCUGAGCAGUCCCUGGAGUUUGAGCAUCGGGACCUCCACUGGGGCAAUGUCCUGGUCAUCCCGACUUCCAACAAGUCCGUCAGCUUCUGGCUGGAGGGAGAGGAGAUCAAGGUGGUGAGCCAUGGAGUACUGGCUGGGAUGAUUGACUUCACCCUGUCGAGACUUGAGAAAGAUGGAUGCACAGUGUUCUGUGAUCUCUCCUCUGAUGAGACACUCUUCACUGGCCGCGGUGACCCACAGUUUGAUGUCUACCGGAAGAUGAAAGAUGAAAAUAACAACAACUGGGAGCCCUGGAACCCCCACACCAACGUCCUGUGGCUGCACUACCUGUUGGACAAGCUCCUGAAUGCCAAGACUUACCCGGGAUACCGGAGGGACUCGACCCAGUCCUCGCUGCGCAGGGAACUCCGCAGCCUAGUCCGGCAUCUGCUGAGCCACGUGUCAGCUGUGGAGGUGGUCAGAGAGAGCGGCUUGAUGGAACUCUAAAUCCAAACAUUGAACCCUGUGGCUGCACUACCUGUU